CAACCACUCUGAAGACUGAGUACUAACAGAUACGGACCCCGCCCUGCACGCUUUGUAUUGUGUAAGUGUAAGCAUAAGGCACGGACCUUGUGUAAAGGGAGUGAAAGUGGGGUGGUGCCGAGUAAAUCGCAGGACCCCUCCUAACGCUCCGGCAGAGAAAAGUUUGCAGCGGAGUUGAGACUGCGGAACGCACAUCCGGAGCUCAAACAAAAGUCACCAUGUUGAUAUUACUCUUUGGAAUCUUUGUCCUUCAUAUCACCUCUGUCAUCCUCCUGCUUGUUGCCACCAUUGAUAACGCCUGGUGGAAGACAGAACUUUUAUCCACUGAUAUUUGGGGUAGUUGGGUUCAAAUCAAUGGACAGUGGAACUACACAGAUCUACCAAGCACCUAUCCUAGUGGGUACCUGCAGGCGGUACAGGCGAGCUCUAUCUUGGCGUGUGUUUUCUCUGGUCUCGGUUUGGUUGUGUUCAUGGUUCAGCUCUUCACAUUGCCCAAAGGAAAACGCUUCACUUUCUCCGGAAUCUUCCAACUACUGGCAUGUCUCUGUAUUAUGAUUGCUGCCUCCAUCUACACUGAAAUUUUCCACAGCAAUGAAGGGAGCUCAUACGGCCCCUGCUUCAUCAUGGCUUGGAUGGCCUUUGUCCUCACCUUCAUCUCCUGCCUCAUCUACUUCAUCCUACGCAAGAAAACAACCUGAGGAGCACACGCAGACACACACACACACACACACACACACACACGCGCACGCAUGCAUGCACACAUUAUAAUACUCAACACUCUUGUGUACAUGCACCAACAAAACCCAAUCUCACACAUACACACACAUUUGUUAUUACUAUUACUGUCUAUACUUAUAAUUAUACAUAACUGUAUAAUUAAGUGUAACUGUACAGCCCUGGUAAUCAGUCCACACUUGAUCCAUCCUGCCUGUCUGCUGCCCCUGUGAGAGCUAGGGUAUCAGGAUAGAGUCUGUGGGGGUUUGUUGGCCAGUCUUCAGGUCAUAUUGUUUAUAAUCAACAUAUGUAACAGUACAGUGAGAUGGGUGGGUAGUGGUGACUGUGUAUUAUUAACAUGUAAUGUGUUUUUGUAUAAAGGAAAUUCUAAUAGCACUUGUAGAGUUAUAACCCUGAGAUUAAACUCAGACAAUAGGAGUGAGAUCCACUCGGUAGGGAGAAAGAUUGCACUGGUGUUGGCUAUUCCAUGCUGAUCUGCACCUACGCACUGAAGCUGUGUCACCAUUUCGAUUCUGUCUGUGGGGUCACUGUGAUUUUUUUCUGAAGUAGGGUCACUAUGGUGAUUCCAUGUGUGCAGGUGGGGAUAUCAAUCCUAACCCCCAGUAAUAACUAGAACACUUCUACUAAACGUGGGAGCCACAUAUCUUUUGUGAGUUUAAAACCACACAAUGUAAAGCAUCAGAGACUCGGUGUCAGACAGGACCCUUAUUACCUGUUUAGGUGGUUCCCCCCCCCCCCAUUUGUUUGCUUGUAUUUAAUGGAUCCAAAACACUGCAGUCAUAACCAAACCCUAUUGAAUAUGUCUCUUCAGUCCAGCACGAGCAUAAGGGACUCCAUGAGAGACAGGGCACACAUAACGUCCAGACCCAUGUCGGCACCUUGCACCUGCAAGGGAGAUUUAAUUGUGCUUUCUAACAUCAGAAAAACACUAGAAAACUUUUACAUUUUGACUAAAUCUAUGAAUGAGUUAUUUUACAGUGUCUCUUAAAUGCUACUGCUAACCCUAACUUGUAUUAAAGUUUGGCUGUGGAUGAAA